UAUCAAAAUUAUCAUGGAUUUCGUGCCAAAUCACUCGAGUGACGAACACGAAUGGUUCCAAAAGUCCAUCGAACGGGAUCCGGAGUACGAAGACUACUACAUUUGGCACGACGGGAAAUUUGACGAACACGGGAAUCGACAUCCGCCGAAUAAUUGGCAAUCAGUUUUUUAUGGGUCAGCAUGGACUUGGAACGAGAAACGAGGACAAUAUUAUUUGCAUCAAUUUGAUAAGAAACAACCAGAUUUAGAUUAUCGCAAUCCGAAGGUAGUUAAUGCCAUGAAAAAUGUUUUGAAAUUUUGGAUGGACAAGGGAGCUUCGGGAUUUAGAGUUGAUGCCAUCAACCAUUUAUUCGAAGUCGAAGAUUUACGUGACGAGCCACUCACGGGAUGGACUAACGAUCCCUUCAACUACGGUUACACGCAUCAUUACUACACCAAAGACCUCGACGAAACCUACGAAAUGGUCCAACAAUGGCGAAAACUCCUCGACGAAUACACCGCCGAACACAAAACCGAAACAAAAAUUCUCAUGACGGAAGCGUAUGCCAAUCAAACGUUCACUGCCAAAUUUUACAAUUACGACUCUCAUUUCCCCUUCAACUUUGGUUUCAUCGAAAACUUGCGAGAUUAUCACUCCGCUUACGACAUUCGGCAAAUUAUCGAUGACUGGUUGGAUCUCAUGCCGAAAGGAGCAACCGCUAAUUGGGUUUUGGGCAAUCAUGACAAGCCUCGGGUUGCGUCGCGGUUCGGAUUUGAACGUCAUGAUGGCAUGUUGGCGAUCGAGAUGACGUUGCCAGGUGUCGCUGUGACAUACAAUGGCGAGGAAAUCGGCAUGAUUGACCAUCGGGACAUUUCGUGGGAAGAAACUGUCGAUCCACAAGCUUGCAAUGGACCGCAAGAAGGGUACGAGGAACGUUCGAGAGAUCCGCAACGAACCCCGUUUCAAUGGGACGACACGAAAAAUGGAGGAUUUAGCGAUGGAGAUAGCACGUGGUUGCCGUUACAUCCGAAUUUCCGUGAAAAUAACUUGGCGAAACAGAAAAAAAUGGAAAAAAGUUACUUUAGCUUUUACAAAGACUUGACUGAGUUGCGAAAGACUAAAGUUUUGCAACAUGGAACUUUUCGCACGUACAUUUUCGGCGAUAAAAUCUAUUCUCACAUUCGCGAAUUCGAGGGCGAACAUGUCAUCGUUGUUGUCAAUUUAAGCUACAAAUACGAGACAAUCGACAUCACCCGAGCAAUUGACGUCGCCAAUGAUGUGGAAAUAAUUGCAGUAGGUCACAGAUCGACUCACAACAAAGGUGAGAUUCUGGAUGCGAAAAGUAUCGAAGUGCGGUCUUAUGAUGCCCUGAUUUUACGUGAAAGAAAAUAAUAAAAUGGAAAAUUUGCAUUCCAGAUUUAAUUAGAAUAAUAAAUGAAAAUUCACGUUAU